GCCUUUAGAAUGUUAACUGCCUAUUGGUGGACCAGAAAUAACCAAUAGCAAUCGUCUUCAUCCUGUUUACAUUAGUAACUCCCAACUAUUUUCCAAACAAACAACUUCAAUUUUCGUUCAUGUUCAAAGCCCUGAUUGAGAAAGUAAACACAAGAUAAUUAAUUUAUCCGAAACUGAGUGAUUGAAUAAAUUAAACAUUCGCUUCCACUGUCAUGUUCAAAUGUGUUCAACUCUCUACCAUUGAAUUUCUUCAUAAACAAUGGAACAAAUAUCUAACAUUUUGGAACACGUGUGUACUAUUUUUACAGUAAAUAUCCCGGGUGGUAACUGCUUUCUCAAGAUCUUUUUGAAUGCAAGAGGACUUAAGCAGGACUCACUUAACGCAUAUUUAAAUUCUAAAAGGGAAAUAAUAAUAAGUGCAAGAACUGAAACUAACAAAGCAAAUGAAAUCAUCUGUCGUGAAGUCCAAAAUAGGCUCACAGUUCCUCAAAAUGUAAUGGUUGAAAACUCUAAAAUUAUACUCUUACGAAAUGGUCUACUUCUAAUUGAUAUUCCAUACAUGUCUCUUGAUUUAAGCAAACAGAAAAAUUCAGAACAAACUAAGGAUUGUAAUGGAACAGUAACACAUGAAUGUAAAAAUUCCAUUCCAAACGAGCCUGAUAUCAAACUAGAAAAUGAUGAACAGUCGCAAACACGCCAUCUUGAUCGACAUCAAACCAUACGCGAAGGGAAUAAACUCAUUUUAAUGAUCCCCUUAGAUCAAAAUUGCAGGAAAGAAAACAUAAAAGUCACCGUUGUACAACGUUCAGUAUGCAUAACGAUUACUUACCUUGAUUAUUCUACAAUGAAACAGAACUCUCAUAAAUCCGAUUCUAAGCAUAUCGUUCAAAGAACAUAUUAUAAAGAAUAUGAAGCAUCUGAUUGCAUUCCCGAUCCUGAGUCAAUAAAUUUUUAUGUAGAUAAUGACCGUCUGAUUGUAAAUUUGAACAUCACGAAAACAACACAACUACCUCAGAUUACAUGAAAACCGAAAUACUCAUAAACAGAAUUGUAAUUUACAUUAAUAACCAUCAAAAACAAUUUUAUUACUUUUUGAUUUUCGCAAUAUGGACUUCAAUUUGUUUGCUGUAUUACUACCG